AUGACACAAACGACGCCUGCCCACCACCGACUGGCACACGACUCGGACGAGUACAAGGCCGCAUUGGCCAGCUCCAUGCGCUGGGACGCAGACAGGCAGGAGCCGUACCUCCAGCUGCCCAACUUCCCACAUAUCCGCAUCACACCCUUCCGCGAGGGGAUCGAGGAUGAGCUUGUAACGCUGUUCAACCACCCCGAGGUCGGGAAGCGGCUGUACUCGUUGCCGUACCCCAUGCCCAAGUCAUUCGCCGAGGCGUGGGUCGAGAAGGACUUGCCAGAGCACCGGGCUAUCAUCUCAGCAAUCACCGAGCACGCCGCGUCGCUGGACGCCGACAAGCCCAUUAUCCCACGCCCCGGGGCUCCGCUGCUCAACGGCUCGCCGUUCAAGACGGUAUGGGACACGGAACAGGGGCGUAUCAUUGCCGAUAUCAAGUACGCGAUCGACACGGAGAACGAGGAUGGAAGCAAGAAGACCGAGGAGGACGCGUACGCCGCUCCGCGCGACCAGCACAAGUACGAGCUCGGCUACGUGCUCGAGCCGGCCGCGUGGGGCAAGGGCCUCGCGUCAGAGAUUGUCGGCGCGAUCGUGUACGGCUGGGGCGAGGUGUGGGUGCGGCCUGGGAAGGUCGCCGCGUACGCCGAGACGAACAAUGUUGGCAGCGGGCGCGUUCUCCUCAAGAACGGCCUGACAAAGGUCAGGGAGUUUGAAGAAAAGUGGCCUGAGCACAAGGGUGGGGAGGUGAAACACGUUGGGUACUAUGAGCGGGUGGCAUGA